CUCGUCGGUGGCAAGUCGCCGUCUCCGAGUAAAGUCCCGGAUAAAAGGCCCUCGAUCUGAGUCUAAGCCUCCUCCUUCGCGUGUGUGAGACUGCAAACAUUUCCCGUACUGCUUUUUUGAUUUAAAAAAUCACAGAAUAGUGCUAUUGCUGCUGCUUGAAAAACAAAAUACAAAGUGCAACAACCUAAAAAUAAAUGAAUUAAUUUAAUGUGCUGAAUGUGAUAGUGAUUUGAAUAACUUCAUAACUUAUAACUUAUUGGAACUUAUAAUAUGGAUUUUAUCAAAAGAAUCUCCUCAGCCUUGCAUACUUUUAUGGUCGAAUGCCUGGCAGAGUGAGUGUGUGAAAAGCGGCAGAGCAAAAAGAUACAAAAUGCGAGGAGCAAAAGUGAGGCCAAUAAAAAGGCGAUAAAAUUGACGCCGAUACAGGAGGAGCAGGACAGCAGGAGGAAGAGCCCCUUGUCGGAAGAGAAACGAUAAGCGUAUCCUGUCGGCAGAGUGCAUAAAAAGGCGAUAUAUAUUCCGGUGUCCCGUGUUUGUUGCUGCAGCCUCUGAUAGCCAGCGAUUCAAAUGCCUUGGUGAUUAAUGGGCCAUUGGCCAUUGCCGACGGGAUGCGCAUAAUUCAGCCGGGCCGGAGGACCAGAUACGGCCCAUGGCCGGCCGUGGGACUGCGGCUACUCCUGGCCCUAGCCUGGACAACGUCGGCAGCGGCGGCCAUGGAGUCCUCGGCCGAGCUCCAGGCCCUGGGCUACGAGGCAAUUAGGCCAGGUGCGGCUGCCUCAAUUAGCACAUUCACAUCCACAUUCCCAGCCACGUCCAGUUUGCCACCCGGAGAAUCGACAGCAACAUCGACUGUAACUGCCGGGGGCAUUUCGAUUCCCCCGCGCUCCGACUGGAAGUACAAACGGACGAAAGUCAAGCGCCGCCAGCAGCGCCUCAAUUCGCACAGCAAUCUGCCCGGGAGCACCAAUGCCUCCCAUCCGCACCACAUCCUCAGCCUACCGCCCAGGCAGCGCUACCUGAAGGUCAACCAGGUGUUCGAGGACGAGCGCCGCAUGUCGCCGGCCGAAAUGCAGCGCAAUCAUGGCAAAAUCGUGCUGCUCGGUCUCUUUGAGCUCUCCACGUCGCGGGGACCACGUCCGGAUGGCCUGAGCGAACUGGGAGCCGCCACCAUGGCCGUGGAGCACAUCAACCGCAAGCGCCUGCUGCCCGGCUACACCUUGGAGCUGGUGACCAACGACACUCAGUGUGAUCCCGGAGUGGGCGUGGAUCGCUUCUUCCACGCCAUCUACACACAGCCGUCUACGCGGAUGGUGAUGCUGCUGGGAUCGGCCUGCUCGGAGGUCACCGAGAGCCUGGCGAAGGUGGUGCCCUACUGGAACAUCGUGCAGGUCUCCUUCGGUUCCACAUCGCCGGCGCUGAGCGACAGAAGGGAGUUCCCCUACUUCUACAGGACGGUGGCCCCGGACUCCUCGCACAACCCGGCGCGCAUCGCCUUCAUCCGCAAGUUCGGCUGGGGCACGGUGACCACCUUCUCGCAGAACGAGGAGGUCCACUCGCUGGCGGUGAACAACCUGGUCACCGAGCUGGAGGCGGCCAACAUAUCCUGCGCCGCCACCAUCACCUUUGCGGCCACCGACUUCAAGGAGCAGCUGCUGCUCCUCCGGGAGACGGACACGCGCAUCAUCAUCGGCAGCUUCUCCCAGGAACUGGCCCCCCAGAUCCUGUGCGAGGCCUACAGGCUUCGCAUGUUCGGGGCGGACUACGCCUGGAUCCUCCACGAGAGCAUGGGCGCCCCCUGGUGGCCGGACCAGCGCACCGCCUGCUCCAACCACGAGCUGCAGCUGGCCGUCGAGAACCUCAUCGUGGUGUCCACGCACAACAGCAUCGUAGGAAAUAACGUCAGCUACAGCGGACUUAACAAUCACAUGUUCAACUCGCAGCUGCGCAAGCAAUCCGCCCAGUUCCACGGCCAGGAUGGCUUUGGAUCCGGCUCUGGCUCCAGGAUCAGUAUCACGGCACCGCAAUCGGCUUCGCGCCGGCGGAGGCGGAGGGGCGUGGGCGGCAGCGGGGGCCACCUCUUCCCGGAGGCCAUCUCGCAGUAUGCCCCGCAGACCUACGACGCAGUGUGGGCCAUUGCUCUGGCCCUGAGAGCCGCCGAGGAGCACUGGCGGCGCAACGAGGAGCAGUCGAAGCUGGACGGAUUCGACUAUACCCGCAGCGACAUGGCCUGGGAGUUCCUGCAGCAGAUGGGCAAGCUGCACUUCCUGGGAGUGUCGGGCCCCGUUUCCUUCAGCGGCCCGGACCGCGUUGGCACCACUGCCUUCUACCAAAUCCAGCGCGGCCUGCUGGAGCCCGUGGCCCUCUACUAUCCGGCCACGGAUGCCCUGGACUUCCGGUGCCCCCGCUGCCGGCCGGUGAAGUGGCACAGCGGGCAGGUGCCCAUCGCCAAGCGGGUGUUCAAGCUGCGGGUGGCCACCAUCGCGCCCCUGGCCUUCUACACCAUCGCCACCCUCUCGAGCGUGGGAAUCGCCCUGGCCAUCGCCUUCCUCGCCUUCAAUCUGCACUUUCGCAAGCUCAAGGCAAUUAAACUUUCCAGCCCCAAGCUGAGCAACAUCACCGCAGUGGGCUGCAUCCUUGUGUACGCCACCGUCAUCCUGUUGGGCCUGGACCACUCGACGCUGCCCUCGGCGGAGGACUCCUUCGCCACGGUCUGCACGGCCCGUGUCUAUCUGCUCUCCGCCGGAUUCUCGCUGGCCUUUGGAUCGAUGUUCGCCAAGACCUACAGGGUCCACCGGAUCUUCACGAGAACCGGCAGCGUUUUCAAGGACAAGAUGCUGCAGGACAUCCAGCUGAUCCUGCUGGUGGGAGGCUUGCUCCUGGUGGAUGCACUUCUCGUAACUCUCUGGGUGGUCACCGAUCCCAUGGAGCGGCACCUCCACAACCUGACGCUCGAGAUCAGCGCCAUCGACCGAAGUGUCGUCUACCAGCCGCAGGUCGAGGUAUGUCGUUCACAGCACACGCAAACGUGGCUAAGUGUGCUGUACGCCUACAAGGGUCUCCUCCUCGUGGUGGGUGUCUACAUGGCCUGGGAGACGCGCCACGUAAAGAUCCCUGCCCUCAACGACUCCCAGUACAUCGGCGUGUCCGUCUACAGUGUAGUCAUCACCAGCGCCAUUGUCGUGGUACUGGCCAACUUGAUUUCGGAGCGAGUCACCCUGGCCUUCAUCACCAUCACGGCCCUGAUCCUAACCAGCACCACAGCCACGUUAUGCCUGCUCUUCAUCCCAAAGCUUCAUGACAUCUGGGCGAGAAACGACAUAAUCGACCCCGUUAUCCACAGCAUGGGUCUGAAGAUGGAGUGCAACACCCGGCGAUUCGUGGUGGAUGAUCGUCGGGAGCUGCAGUACCGAGUGGAGGUGCAAAACAGGGUCUACAAAAAGGAGAUACAAGCCCUGGAUGCAGAGAUACGCAAGCUAGAGCGGCUCCUAGAAUCGGGACUGACCAACACCUCCACCACGACAUCAUCCUCAACAUCUCUGCUCGCCGGCGGAGGUCACCUGAAGCCGGAACUCACGGUCACCAGUGGCAUUUCGCAGACUCCGGCUGCCAGUAAGAACAGAACACCCAGCAUCUCGGGGAUACUCCCGAACCUUCUGCUCUCCGUGCUGCCACCGGUGAUUCCCCGGGCCAGUUGGCCCUCGGCGGAGUACAUGCAGAUCCCCAUGCGGCGGUCGGUGACCUUUGCCUCCCAGCCGCAACUGGAGGAGGCCUGCCUGCCGGCCCAGGAUUUGAUUAACCUCCGGUUAGCCCACCAGCAGGCCACGGAGGCCAAGACGGGCCUGAUGAACAGGCUGCGAGGCAUAUUUUCGAGGACCACUUCGAGCAACAAGGGAUCCACGGCCAGUCUGGCGGACCAGAAGGGUCUGAAGGCGGCCUUCAAGUCGCACAUGGGUCUGUUCACCCGCCUGAUUCCCUCCUCGCAAACGGCCUCCUGCAAUGCCAUCUACAACAGUCCCAACCCGGACUCCGCCCCCGUGGAGUCGUCCUCCCACCCGAACGGCAACCACCUGAAGCCCAUCCACCGGGGUUCCCUGACCAAGAGCGGCACCCACCUGGAUCACCUUACCAAGGAUCCGAACUUCCUGCCCAUCCCCACCAUUUCGGGGGGCGAGCAGGCGGCGGACCAGCAACUGGGCGGCAAGUAUGUAAAGCUGCUGGAGACCAAGGUGAACUUCCAGUUGCCCAGCAACCGGAGACCCUCGGUGGUGCAGGCGCCUCCCAGCUUAAGGGAGAGGGUGAGGGGCUCCCCGCGCUUUCCCCACCGCAUCCUGCCGCCCACCUGCAGCCUGAGUGCCCUGGCCGAAUCCGAGGACCGUCCCGGCGACAGCAGCUCUAUCUUGGGCAGCUGCAAGUCCAUACCUCGCAUCUCCCUGCAACAGGCCACCAGUGGGGGCACCUGGAAGUCCAUGGAGACGGCGGCCAAGUCGAGGCUGUCCCUCGGCGAUUCCCAGGAGGAGGAGCAGCAGCAGACGCCCUCCAACGGCCUGGAUUAGAUAAGAUGCCCUGUCCCUCGUCCAUCCCAGUCCAUGUUUUAGUCCUCGUCAAUUAGAGCGAAACACCAAGCAAUUAUUUAACGACACGCCCACGAAGUCUGCCCCAGAAAAGCGCGUGUGCAACUGACCAAUCAUCAGCUUAAAGCAAUCAAACGCAUUAGGGUAAACGCUAGAUAAGUCACGAUAGUCCCCUCCUUCGUCAUAGCUAGUCAUUUUCCUAAACGUAGCAGAAUCGGUAGACGGAGAAAAAUCAGUCCCUAGAAGUAGAACAGAAAUUUACAAAUUAAAGUAAGAGUUCGUCUAGAUAUUCGUGAUACGUUUUCCCGUGUCGGCAAAGUUUUCUAAAAACUAUCAUCAGUAAUCGCUUGAAUGGAACUCCUAGAACAUAAACUAACUCGAGAUGCCAAAUGUUUAGACCAAUUAUUUUAUGACACUUAAUUUAGAUAUUAUUUAACACUAUUUUAUAUUUUGGUGGAAAAAUAAUAUUAACUUGAAGAACUGCAACUUUGUUAUUGCUUGUGUUUUAAAUAUCAUUCUUAAAAAUUGAUAGGAUAAUAGGAUGAUAUUCAGACUCAAUCUCAACUCUCUGUGUAGAACCUCCUCCGCAAUGUGAUUGACCCUGGAAGGCGUAGAACCCCUCAUCUAGGCUAAGUAGAGGAGCUCGUCGGCCAGCUCCCGUUCUCCCCCGCCAGUUGUGAUCAGCCCGCUCCCUAACCUUCGACCCAACCCCUUCUCCUCUUAGUCUUAAGUAGCUGCAUUAGUGUUUGUUUUCUUGUUGUUGUGCCGCUGCAGGACGGCUGUGUCUGCGGUGUAUCUACAGUGUAUCCAGUGAGCAAUACUAAGUAUCGUACUUAAAGUUUAGACCUAGCAUUCGCGUCGGCCGAGAACCAGAAUCAGAACCAGUAUGAGAAUCGUAGAAGAGUAGGGGUGGCAGUCAGUCGGGCAGCAUGAUUAAUCAUUGCCGACGAACCAUGAAUCAUGCAGGAGUCCAGAGAUGUUGGGCGAAAGCCAAAACACUUGAGAACUGCUCAAGACUAAGCCGUAAGUUUUAGCAUUGUAAUCCAAUCCAACUCGAUUCCACUCCUCAAUCCAGCUAUCCGAAGUCCAAAGUCCUGAAACCACCUUCACCCCACUCGGAUACUUGAAUAAACAGAAAAGUCUAGGCAGAAAUGCCAAGCCAGAAUAAUGAUUAAUUA